AUGGAUACCUCCCAAAGAAUAAAGAUUUUCACUUGGAAGUUUUUGCAAAACACUCUUCCAACAAGAGAGAAAUUAGGCUCAGUUCUUGAUGUGGAAACUCAGUGUAUUUUCUGUAAACAUGCCAUUGAAUCAACUUACCAUGUGUUCUUUGAUUAUUCUUAUGCUCAAGCAGUAUGGAAUCUACCACCUAUGGCAUCACAGGGAGUAAACUAUAUCUCUAAUAAUACUUCUUUCUUAGGUAAAUACAAUGAAUGGUUGACAGGUGACAUAAAUUCUGUAUCUAUGGCUCUAGCUGCAACUAAAUGUUGGUUCAUAUGGAAAGAAAGAUGCCUGCGUGUGUUUGAAAAACAAGAAAGAACACCUGAACAACUUGUUGUAGAUAUCACAAGGCAAUUUGCAUAUUGGCAUCCACAAACUCUUAACAGUGACACAACACAACCUAGAAUUAAGACAGUGAUGCUUAAUCCAUGGAACUUUCCUGCAAAAGAUACUCUCAAAUUAAACUGUGAUGCCUCUUGGGUUUCAAAAUACACUGAUGCAGGUUUUGGUUGUGUGCUUCGUAAUUGGUUAGGAACAGGCAAAGAAGCAACAAUGGGAGUUUUCAGAGCAUCAACAACAGAAGAAGCAGAAGCUCUACCUCUUCUGCACACUACCAGAUGGGCUAAUCAGAAUAAUCUACACAAACUGGUCAUAGAGGGAGACAAUCAACUCACUAUCAACUAUCUGCAGGGGAAAUCUGUUUCAGUUCAAUGGCAAAGUGUACCUAUUUUGGAAGAAGUUAAAUCAGAAUCAUCUAAACUAGUUUAUUUUUUUGGGCUUUAA